GCUUAGGCAGGGCAGCUCUGCCGCAGCGAGCUUAAGACACCACGCCCCCCCCUUUUACCAUAGUAUGACGACUAGCACAUGGUCGUCUGCAAAGCCUGGUACUGGCCUCUCCCUCCAGGUUCUCAAAGGGAGCCAACUGCUGGCAAAUCUAUACAGCUGACAAGAUGCAGCUCGACCUUCAGGACAACACCUGGAGACACAGAUCCCGUAGCAGCUGCCCCAAGCCCGUGGAUGGGCUGCCCUUCUAUCUGGAGACCCGCCCAUCUACACGGAAGGCCCCCGCUGACCAACUUUGUGACACCCCCACCACCACUCCUGAAGACAGAAUACUUCGCCUGCUUGACUACCCUUCUUCAAAUAGGACAGCCCUCAAUCCCACCCAGCAACAGAUGCUGGCUCUCCAAACACAGCCAGAGAACAGUGACCCUGAUGUUCAGAUGAGGUCAGGAGUGACAGUGAGGUCACCAGAGACCGAGGACACAUGCCACUUCUGCAGCAGACACGCUCUGGAGGGGACACAGCAGCAGGGAGCUGCCUUCCAGAAGUUAGACGCCGAGGAGGAAAUAGCUCCAGGAGAUAUUAAAUACCGCCUGGAGCCCCUCUGUGUGGCUCAACUGAAGAUGCAACGCCCAAGCAACUUUGGCCAGUACUUCAAGCCUCAAUGGGUCCCCUUCAGUACAACCUAUGGAGAAAGCUUCAAGCCCUGGAAGACAGAGCCUAUGACUCACUGUGGGGAGAAAUCCUCCUAUCCAGGAGCAUCCUCAUUCCCCAGACACGUCCCAGUGGUGGGAACCACCAACCCAGGAGAAUACCGUAAGAAGCAAGGGUCCCGGCCCUCCCUCUUCAAGAACCCCUCAGGUGACUACGACAUGACCACUACUCAUCAGAUUUCCUUCCAGAAACCUCUUCUUGGGCAGUCAGUAUUCUCAACUCAUGUUCAGGGCAGAAAAGUAGCACGUAUAGAGCACCCGGGCUAUGUGGAAUACAUCAGCCAGUAUCAGAGAGACUUCCAGGCCCCAGGCAAAUAUAUCCAGCAUGUGCAGAAGGAAACUGCCCCUGGCUGGCAGCCCACUACUCAGCUGCAUCAGGGGCUGAGCCGGCCAAAGCAGAUGACCGUCCUGGGUGGGAACAGCACUGCCAAGUUUGAUGGAGACACAGUGACCAGGUUGUCUUACCUACCUAAGAUCCUGGUAAAAAGAGUCAAGGGUAAGUGCCCCUCUAGCACACUUGGGGGCUUCAAAGCCAAGUUCCAAACUGAAAAUACCAGCAAGAAAUUCUUCCCGGACUGGGGAGCUCAGCCUCAAGUAUGCUAUGGACCCCAUUACACAGACUAUGAGAAGCCCCUGGCAACACCUAAGAAUCAAACCACCACCAGGAUAGCCUACAUGCCCUUGUUUUCUGAAAGGGUGAAGCUGUGUAAGCCCAAGAGCAACAGCAUCAAGUCUGAGCCAAGCAGUUUCUCAACUGAGCACAGGAAAUCAUUCAGGCCAGUCUACCUACCUGAAAGCCAGCUCCAGAAGCAUUUGUGCCUCAAAAAUAGAAAAUCAGAGAGACCGCCCAAAACCCUACAUGAAAAUACACAGUUCAGCACACCCAUUUCCUAACCAGCUCGAAUUGGAAACUGAGGUCUCAAGAUGGCUACCUCACAUCCUAGACGCAGCUUUCUCAUUGGGACUGCCCGGCCACACCCUCACCCAGCUCUCUUUGACACUAACUGAGCAAGGGUGAGUAACCUCUUUAGAAAGGAAUGAUGCACCACAAGUCCUGAAGAUCAGUGUGUUCCAGGAGAUCCAAGGAAAAGAAGGUCAGAGUGAUUCCUUCUCACCAAAGAAACAAUGGCAAAGCAUCAAGGCUUUUCCAGUCAGUAUCAGCUACUAAUUAUAUUCUAUUUGGGCCAAAGUGUCUGCUCAGUGGUUCUUUUAUUUUGUUUUUACAUUUUUUAAUUCAGAUAUUAUUCACAUACCAUAAAGCUCACCCUUUUAAAGUGUACUAGUCAGUGCCUUUUAGCAUGCCUCACUGCUUCUUAAGUCUACACUUGAGAGUGGAAAAGGCAGCAUAGGAAAGCAGAGCAAGAGGGUCUGAAUCUGAGAAAAGAAAAAAAAGUCUUCUAUGUAAAGGAAGGUUUCCAAAGCCCAAGAAAGGGAGAUUCUGAUAAAAACAUAAUACUAGGUCUUUCUCUUGAAAAUUUUUACCAUACUGGAAAGAGGAUUACGUACUGGAUCUAAGGGCCUAUUAUUCUGAAAAGUGUGUAUAGCCCCAGGGCCCCACUUUCCUCCAUCUAGAAAAGGCAUAUCACACUGCCCUCUAGUGGCCAGCCUAGAAAAUGACAGCCAGCUAGGAGCUGGAGAACUUGGGAUCUCUGCCCUAGAAGACGUGCCCUGUUCUCACACCUAAAGGCACAGAAAUUGGGGUGGGGCGAGGGUGUUAAAAAAUUCCACAAUGCCUACUCAACACAGAGCUCACCUGGAAUAGAAUCUAUCUGCUUCCCCUAUACCUUAGUCUCUGCUUGAAAAUAGAUAAUAAAUUCCUUUGUUAAGGAAAAAAAAAAGUGAUUUAAGAUUUCCAAAGCCAUAUGGGCCUACCGGCCUACCGAGGGAGUUGUUCCUAUGAAGCAGUGUGGGGUCCCACAAAAAUCAAGUUAAAACCUGAACCCAUGUUGAAAUAAAACCGAGCUGUGCAGAAGGGAUGUAACGAUAGGCUAGUUGAAUGCCACCUCUGCCAAGGAAAGGGGCUGGCUUGCAAAAUAGCUUACUUGUGCAAAUAUAUAAUCUCAAAAGCAGAAACUUCAAGUAGGAUCCUGUCUAGAGCCUGCAUUCCUUGGGUUUGUUUUUUUAAUAAACUUUUUAUUUUGGAAUAAUUUUAUAUUUACAGAAAGUUGUAAAAAUAGUACAGAAUCUUGUACACUCUUCACCACCCAAUUCCUCUAACAUUAACAUCUUAUAUAGCUAUGGUACAUUUGUUAAAAUAGAUUAACAUUGGCAUAUUCUAUCAACUCCAGAUUUUAUUUGGAUUGCACCAGUUUCUCUACUAAUGUCCUAACCUUAGGCCUUUUAAAAAAAAUGUUUACAGCAGGUAGCCAAAGGACCAGAUAGGCAGUUUGGUGUAGAGGAAAGAACACCAGGGUCUACUCCGAACAGCCACAUACAGAACUGGAGACUUUUAUUUUCUGAGCUUUAAAAGUACUUCCAUCUCACAAAUGCUGACUCUAGGCAUGAUUUCUGUUUACCUUUCAUCUUCCCACCUCAGCUCUUCUCUGACAAUCACUGGCCAGAGUUAAGGAAGAGACAUUCCUAACUUGGUAAGUGAUCCCAGUUGAUAUUUCCAUUAGAGAAUGGAGUCCCUUUGGGAUUUCCAGAUCUCAAAAUUAUUUCAAAUCCAUGUAUCUCUCAAAUGGUUGAGGGAUGAAUAGCCUUUCUUCAGGAGUCUGAGAAGUGCAUAAUGUGGCAGAGAUAACUGUCCAACAACAUCUAUUUUUCCCUUCUUUUUGAGCACACAUCUCAGGCUCCCUGAAUUAAAUGGGAGGCUUGCGACAAGGUUCUAGUCCAUAGAACGAGUGGAAGUGUGUGCCAGUUCUAGGGAGGGCCCAAUCCUCCAAGCUCUGCUUAACUCACUAAAAUGGCAAGGCCUAAAGCAACCCUGGAAACCAUGUUGAAGUUGGCAUCAGGCUGAUCUCUAAACAACUAUAUAGAGUAUCCCCUCCCACUUCUUCAAUCUGAAACUACCUGGACAUUGAGUAAGCAGAGAGGAAAAAAACUUCUAUCUGGAGUCUGCUGUAGCAGUUUAACCUACCCUAACUAAUACAGGUACUAAAUGUCAAUACCAUUAGAGUAAGACCUUGCUUCUGGAGCCGCACUUAGGGCCUUCAGUGCACGGAACUGAGUUGAUCACAAUCCUUAGUUCAUAGCACAAUAUCACUUUGAUCCACACAUCCACCCAACCCUCUUUUGUUUCCCUUUCCUCCCUUCCUUCUCCAUUCUAGUCCCAUGCCAUUCCCUCCCAGACCCUCUUCUAUUAAUAAAGGUAUAUAUCAGCCUCCUUAAAAAAAUGUUUUGUGUGUAAUUUCCUUAGCUGAUUUUUGCUGUAAAUCUCGUUUCUUUCUUUCUUCACCUGGAGCAGGGGUCCUCAAACUUUUUAAACAGGGGGCCAGUUCACUG